GUUUUCUUGGGCUGGCUGAGUGCUUUGCUGACCACCGACUCUGUGAACCUGAACAUGUUGAGAUUGUCCAGGCUGGUGCGCGUGGUGCGCGCGGCCAGGGUCUUCAUCUCGGUUCCCGAGCUGUAUCUCCUGAUCAGCGGGUUGUAUUCCUCAAUCAAGGCGAUCGUUUUUGGCUCGUUGAUGCUGGCCACCGUCAUUUCUUUCUGGGCGGUUAUCUCUGUGGAGCUCUUCCAUCCCGAAAUCGCUGGUCUGAAGUUCGACAAUUGCGAUCGAUGUGCCAACGGUUUUCAAAGCGUCUUCCAAGCGGGGCUCACGCUCUUUCAACAGAUUGUUGCAGGAGAUAGUUGGGGACAGAUAUCGAUUCCUUUGAUCGACGUGGCGCCUUGGACGGCUCCCUUCCUCUUCUUCAUCAUGAUGACGGUGUCGCUGGGCGUCAUGAACCUCAUCUUGGCUGUCAUCGUGGAAAGGGCCGCCGAAGCCAGGGCCAACGAUCAGGAGAGGAAACAGAAACAAAAGGAAGAAGAACGAGCUCGCAACAUGGUCGGCUUGGCGACGUUGUGCGCCAGCAUGGAUAUGGACGGCAGCGGCUCGUUGUCACUGGAGGAAAUGCUCGAGGGCUUCGAGACAUCGGAAGAUUUCCAGAAACUGAUGCACUGCAUGGACAUUCAGCGCGACGAUGUCGAAACCAUCUUCAACGUCCUCGACGAAGAUCGGUCAGGAGAGGUUUCGUACUUGGAGUUCUGCAAGCAUCUGGGUAGUUUUUUCGAGCGUGACCCGAAGAUCAUCGGCUCCGUGGUGAAGUACUCCAUGAUGGAAAUCAAGCAGGUGGUCAAGGAAGAAGUGAUGGACGUCUUGCAGCUCCAUACCAAGAUGCUGCAGGAGCAACGGCUCUUGCUGGACAAGCUGAGGUACGCCGUGUGCCCGGCACCGGUGGGAUCGCCAGUCCCAGCGUCGGUGCCUGCGAAGUUAGCCGAGCUGGUGAAAGGGGAAGCGGAGCUGCCAUCGCUGCAGUCCUUGCAGAGACUUGGAGCCAAGGGGACCAGUUAA